CUCUGACCAGGCAACCAGCGAGGGAAGGGAAAAAGUCGGAAGGAGCGCACGGAGAAUCGUUUUGUAUGGGCGCGAAAGAUGGCGGGACGGUGCCGGGGACGAUGGGCUCCCAGGACGUGCUCAGGGAUACCGCCAAGCUGGCUUCUUCCAACGCCCUCUUGCAGGUGCUAUUCCGGCUAAUUACCUUUGGCUUAAAUGCUUUUACUUUACGUUAUGUAUCAAAAGAAAUAAUUGGUCUUGUGAAUGUAAGACUGACACUGCUUUAUUCCACAAUAGUUUUCUUAGCCAGAGAAGCAUUCCGUAAAGCUUGUUUGAGUGGGAGCUCAAGGAGAAACUGGACCCAAACAUUUAAUCUAUUAUGGCUAACAAUUCCUUUGGGCGUAUGUUGGUGUGUAUUCCUGGGCUGGAUCUGGCUAGACAUACUUGAAGUUCCUAGUGAAAAUGCAGUUCCUUACUAUAAUUUUGGAGUACUUGCUUUUUGUCUUUCCGCUGUGAUUGAACUUCUGGGUGAACCUUUUUGGGUUUUAGCUCAAAUACAUUUACUUGUCCGGCUAAAGGUGAUUGCUGAGAGUUUGUCAAUCCUUUGCAAAUGUGUUUUGACAGUUCUUCUAGUAGUUUUGUAUCCACACUGGGGGCUCUAUAUCUUUUCUUUGGCUCAGCUUUUGUACACUACCAUUCUAGUAUCAUGUUAUAUAAUAUAUUUCAUGAAAUUUUUGGGUUCUCCUGAAGCAAACAAAAAAUCAUUUCCUAUUACUAGAAUGGUUUCUUUUUUACCUGCUUUGGGAAAAAAUGAGGAUAUUAUUAAUUGGAAUGAAGCAAGGCUGACUUGGAGCUUCUUUAAGCAGUCAUUCCUAAAACAGGUUUUAACAGAGGGUGAAAGAUAUGUGAUGACUUUCCUGAAUGUAUUAAAUUUUGGAGACCAAGGUGUAUAUGAUAUUAUAAACAAUCUUGGUUCUUUGACAGCUAGAUUUAUAUUUUUACCAAUAGAAGAGAGUUUUUAUGUAUACUUUGCUAAAGUUCUAGAACGUGGGAAAGAUACUAAGUUGCAAAAACAGGAUGAAAUUUCGAUGGCAGCUACUGUAUUAGAAUCGCUGUUGAAACUAGUGCUUUUGAUUGGCUUAACCAUUACAGUAUUUGGUUUUGCCUAUUCGCAGUUGGCACUGGAUGUUUAUGGAGGAUCAAUGCUCAGUUCAGGAUCAGGUCCAGCUCUCCUUCGUUGGUAUAGUUUGUAUGUCUUGCUGCUUGCUGUUAAUGGGAUAACAGAAUGUUUUACAUUUGCUUCAAUGUCUAAAGAAGAAGUGGACAGGUAUAACUUUGUCAUGCUGGCUUUGUCCUUUGCAUUUUUGUGCAUGUCCUAUUUCUUGACCUCUUGGCUAGGGAGCAUAGGAUUUGUCCUUGCCAACUGCUUCAAUAUGGGGAUCCGAAUUUUACACAGCCUCCACUACAUCUAUAGAUACUUUGGAUGCAGCCCUUACAGACCUUUGAAGGGCCUUCUUAUUUCACGAUUCCUGGUUGUUGUUUAUCUCAUCAGUGGGAUGAGCACUAAGGUUUCAGAGGUGUUUCUUUGCUGUGAUAAAGGGUGGAUGGCCAGAUUAAUUCAUGUCACAGUUGGAGCACUUUGCCUUACAGCAACUCUCACGACAAUAUUUUUCACAGAGACAAACCUAAUCCAUUUUGUUAGAAUGCAUAUUUUAUCAAGAUAUUCCAAAGAACAAUUAAAAUAAUGUUAAGUA